CGCAGAGGAAGACGCUUUUCCUGCGUGUGCUAAACUGCUGUUAUUAAAUAGAUUUUCGGAUUUUUUGAUCAAGUUGUGGUUAAAAUUAACAUUUAUCGCGAGCUAUCGUUAAAAUAGGCAACAGAUACGUUUUAAACACAUCUUAAUGGCAUUUUCUUUAGAAAAACAGUAGUUAGCGUACAGGCUAACGUAAACAACGUCUUGCGCAAUUGAACUUUAAAUUACUGUAAAAGAACAGUUUGUCCUAUUAAAUUAGAAAUAUGACAGAGUCCAAAGAGAAAGCUUUGAGUCUGAAGUCUGAUGUUACUACAGUCGCUGUUAGGAAUGAUGUGAAAGAGACUGAGAAACCGAAGAGGAAGAUUCUUGAUGAAGAUGAAUAUAUAGAGAAUUUGGAAAAGAUCAUCCAGGACUUUUUCCCAGAUGUCUCCAAACUUCAAGCGCAGAAGGAUUAUCUGGAGGCAGAGGAGAAUGGAGAUCUGGAGCGGAUGAGGGAGAUCGCCAUCAAAUACGGGUCUGUGAUGGCUAAAUACACCCCACGAACCUAUGUGCCCUACACGACUCCCUCAACAUUUGAGACUCCGGAUGGUCGAAGUACAUCACCAAGUUCACAGAGCAAACACAGAGCAGCGAAAGAGGACGGAAAAGAUGCUGAAAAAACAGAGGGAAAGGAUCUUCCGUCUCUGGACCGUUUUCUUGCUAAAAACACGAGUGAAGACAACGCAUCCUUUGAGCAGAUAAUGGAGCUCGCGGAGGACAAGGACAAGCUGAGGCAUGCGUGGCUCUAUGAGGCAGAAAAUGAAUUUAGAGAGAGGCAUGAGCAGAACCUCGCUCUACCGUCCACAGAGAAACAGGCUCUUGAGUGCACCAAGGCAGGAUUGGAAACAUGGCAGUACAAGGCCAAAAAUGCACUCAUGUACUACCCUGAAGGUGAAAAAGAUGACACACUGUUCAAGAAGCCACGGGAGGUCCUGUACAAGAACACACGGUUUGAUGUUGACCCCUUCUGUAAAGCCCUGAACAAAUCACAAAUCCAGCAAGCUGCUGCGCUCAAUGCACAGUUUAAACAAGGUAAGGUUGGUCCAGACGGCAAAGAGCUCCUGCCUCACGAAUCCCCCAAAGUGAAUGGUUACGGAUUUGAAGGAGAAGCCUCACCUGCGCCUGGUGUUGCAGAGUCUCCUCUGAUGACCUGGGGUGAGAUCGAAAGCACUCCGUUUCGUCUGGAUGGCUCGGAUACGCCACUUGUGGAGAGAAGUCACGGUCCAUCGUUCAAGAUUCCAGAGCCUGGGAGAAGAGAGCGGUUGGGACUGAAAAUGGCCAAUGAGGCUGCGGCAAAAAACAGAGCUAAAAAACAAGAGGCGCUGCGCAAAGUCACUGAAAACCUCGCAAGCCUCACUCCGAAGGGACUGAGUCCUGCAGCGCUGUCUCCUGCCCUUCAGCGUCUAGUAAACAAAUCAUCCAGCAAAUACACCGAUAAAGCCCUGAGGGCGAGCUACACCCCGUCACCCGCACACAGGAGCAUGGGCUCUAAGACUCCUCUCGGAGGCCUGGCCACUUCCUCCAGCACACCAACACCCGGGAAAACCAGAACACCGGCCACACAGGACCCGGCCUCCAUCACAGACGACCUCCUCCAGCUGCCCAAGAGGAGGAAAGCCGCGGAUUACUUCUGAAUAUACAGACUGAACAAAAACUCUAACAUGGGCAGGGUCAAAUAUUUAUUGUUUUUUUUUUUAAUUGCAUCUUUUUUUCUUUUUUACUUUUGUAAAACUGUGAAACUGAAUUAAUCAUCUUUUUCUUGGACUUCAUUCUAUAAGGAAAAAAAUCUGCAACUUAAAACACCUACACUGUAAAAAUUUUAUUUUAUUUUUUAGCUAGCAUAUAUCCAGUUUUUCAGCAUCAUUGACAUAAACUGGUUCAAUCAGUCCAUUCAGUUCUUUCUUAGUCUUGAUUUGUUUUGAACAAAACCGAUUAAGUCCUCCUGAAGUUUUAUGAUCAAGAUCUUAGGGGCACAAUAAAAAGGUGUUCUACAGA